AUGAAUGACAGUCUCACAUAUGCGAUGGGAUUGGCCCAGGGUGAUAAUCUUGGGAAUCCGCAUCGCUAUCGGGUUGCUCGGCGAAAAAAGUUGACUGCCGAGGAGUUGGAUGAGAUGUUUCCGGUUUCCAAGUAUAGUGAAUGGCUUGAAGGCGGAGAAGAGGAGGCUGAAGAAGCGGAGAUGUCGGAGAAACAGCCUCAGGGAGGUGUGGGGACUUCCAGCGAUAAUAAUGGAGCAGAAGGAGAAGGAAAGAGAGAAGAAGAAGGAGAAGAAGAAGGAGAAGGGAAAAGAGAAGGAAAAGAAGAAGGAGAAGGAGAAGGAGAAGGAAGUGUAAACACAGAGGAAUUCAACACUUCAAACGAAAAGGACAAACAGAAAUUAAAGAAGCCUUGGCCUCGAUACACUUCGGGUGACUGUACAAUCUGCCUGGAUACUUUUACAGAUGACUGCAUGGUCAGAGGCCUUUCGUGCGGCCAUGCUUUCCACGUUGAGUGCAUAGAUCCGUGGCUGACAGGUAAAAGAGGCUGCUGCCCAACCUGCAAGCAUGAUUUUGUGGAAGAUGUGGAUGGAAGUGGGCGUGGGGACGGAAAUCCAGACUUCCGGGAUUUCGACAGUCUUUUUGACAUGGACCGGAAUGACAAUUCGAAUGUCAUAGCGUAUCACAAGCCGACCGAGUUCAAGGCGAACACUUUGUUGUGUGCAAUGCUCCUCUCGCGGAUAGGCAGAUACCACACAGGGGGACCUGUUGAUUUGGAUGGACUUGAGGAUGAUGAGGGUGCUAGUGUGGAAAGUGAGGCUGUGACACGUCCAGAAAGGGCAGUCGUUAGUGGGAGUGAAGGAGAAGAAAGAGAAAGAGAAGAAAAUGAGAAUAACGAAAGACAAAGUACUGAUUCUCGUCAUCCAUCCGCUAACCAGAACUUUGAACUCCAAUCAACAGCCUCCAGCUUUGACAACUACUUGGAUGCAGAAAGCACGGUAAGUGAAUCGCUCUUCCAGGCAAGAGACACAAGCAUUUCGCCUACUGCACCCCCACUACCAGAUAUUCAUCGCAUCAACCGCCACAUCUGCCGAAUCCUCGAAAAUCAUCCUUUCAACGUUGAUGAUCUCGACGGACUUGAUGUGCUUGCCCACGAGUCGGCCAACCGGAUGUUCAGGUGGUACACGUUGCCAUUCUGGCGGGCAAUGGGCAUCCGCAAGCCCGAUAUGUACUACUAUUUUGUGGUGUGGUAUUACCAGAAGAAGAAGAACGAGCGGGUGGCCACUUUGAGCCGGAGAGAGGCAAAUGAGCACUCCGGGGCCCACGAUGAGCCCAGAGCCCGCCACACGCAGACCAUUCCGGCCACCAGGACUCUCUCAGGCCGCCUGUAUGACUCGGCAUACAAUAUUUUGGACACUGUGCGGCAGAGGAGGGACGACCGGCACCGGGAAAGGCGCCGGAGACACCGGGCACGGGAGAGAAGCAGGCGGGAGGCCGUCGAGGACAUGGUGUAG